AUGCAGACAACGAUCGAGACGAGCCAUCUAAAGCGGGGGACUCCUAAACUCACGUCCUUGUGGAAAUGGGCGGCCACGUUGCGAGCACUUCAACAGGAAGAGAUCGAACUGAAAGGCCACCCCGUGAGCCAACACCCUAAUCGCGAGACCAAAGGGAAGGGGAUCGACCGGACGCCAUGUCAGAAUCAUGUUGAACCACCGCCCACCGAGGUUCCGCGUAGCGAAGCAGUUCAUUCAAACUCUAUCGUGACAGAGGCAGCGACGACGACGAAAGCUAUCGAACCACCCACGAGAAAACCCCCUGAGCCACCCUCGGCCCAAACAACCGUGUCCCCGACGGCCACGACAAUCCCAACCAUUCCAGUUCAGGUGCCAGUCAGCAAGUUGGAGAGGGUCCGAACGUUGAAGUUCAGAUCUCGGCUCAAGCUCAACGCUCAAGAAAUUGCCUUGUCGACGGCAGAGCUGAACAAACUUCGGGCAUUUUCGGCCUUCGUUGGCACGGCCAACCAACGCACCCUUUUUGGUCGUCAACUGCCUCCUUGCCAUCGAUAUGCCGUCAGUAUUGAACUGGAUGGCUCUGGCGCCCAGACAUACAUUUGGAUUGACGGUCUUACCCGUGCAGAGGAUAUCCGAGACUUUCAUGCGGUUAUAUCACAGCGGAAAUAUCGCAAGUACUACGAACCGUGGAAGCUGUGUUUUAAGAUGGUCGAAGUAUCCUACACUUCCGGGGAAGAGGUUGACUUGGAUCUGGGGCAUGAUGAGCUCACGCUCUGUGAAACGCUGCUCCGCGAAGUGCGUUCUGGAGAAACUCGCAUCUCGACAAUCGGCGGGCUCCUGGAAAUUGAUGGCUGCUUGGUGGCCUUGACAACCUCGUUCGCUCCGCCUCGUUUGCCCUUCGGCUCGGAGCAAGAUGGAGAGGGCGAUGUAACGGUCUCGUCCAUAGCAACAACUCUCAACGAUGUCGACUUUCCCGAGGAUAUCUCCGAGGCUCUCGUUUUCAAGGGCGAUAAAUCAACCAUCCAUCUAGUUGCGCCUCCCACGAUUGGCGACGGAAAGGCCAGAGAUAGUGAUGCAAACCCGGCAUCGAUGCUUCAACCCAACCUUGCAGCGCGCAUCUCGCCCGCACACCCGUCACGGCAUUACAUCACAGAUUUCUGUCGAAAUCCCUCCCUUGCCUCCGUCAAGGUAAGGGCUGGCGCCAGCGGCCCCCAUUCUGGGACCAUACCUGAUCCCCGGUGA